AUGGAGUCCUACGACAAACUCAAGUUAUUAGGCAACGGUAGUUUUAGCCAGGUCUUUCUAGCGCGCUCCCAUAUUACUCGAAGAUUGGUUGCUAUUAAAGAAGUACGAUUGGAUCAGAAGAGCAAGUAUAGAACUGCAGAAACUAUUAAAAGCGAAGCUAAGAUACUGUCGAAAAUGAAGCACCCACACGUAGUGACUUUUCAAGAUUCGUUUUUCGGCGAAGGUGGUCAAUUUUUAUAUAUUGUACAGGAUUAUUACGAAGGUGGAUCUUUAUUUGAUAAAGUCUGCGAAGCAAAAGAAAAUGAAACCUAUUUUGGAGAGUCACAGAUUAUGAAGUGGUUUGUGCAACUGUUAAUGGCAAUUCAGUACCUACACACUAUGAAAAUAUUGCAUAGAGAUAUCAAGAGUCCUAAUGUGUUUUUAACCAAGAAACAAUUAGUCAAAUUAGGUGACUUUGGUGUAUCCCGUAUUAUGGAUAAUACCUUUGAUAUGGCUCAAUCUAAAGUCGGAACUCCUUGUUACUUAAGUCCAGAAUUAUGCCAAGACUUGCCAUAUAGUUCAAAAAGCGAUAUUUGGUCCAUGGGAUGCCUGCUUUAUGAACUGUGUGCCCUAAAACCAGCCUUUGAUGCAACAAAUUUAGUUACUCUAUUUUAUAAAAUUGUCAAAACUGAAUACAAGCCAUUACCGCCACAAUUCUCUAGCGAUAUAAAUGAACUUAUACGAAUGGCACUAACGAAAAAUGCUGACGAAAGGCCCAGUGCUGGCGCUUUAUUAAGUACGGUAUACGUCAAAGAUAAUCUUCAAUUAUUCAUUUCGGAACAAGAAGCAGUUGCAAAUCGGGCUGAUACCAGGCAAGAAAACUCUUCCGGUGGUAGCAUUAAAAUGGCCAAGAAUAGCAGUUUACUAUCACGAUCGAGCAAUGAUGAAUUGAAAGACCAGUCAUUGAAAUCAGAGAAUGAUUAUUCCGAUGACUUCGAAUCUAGUGACAGUGGAGAUACUCAUAGUUGUGGGAAGGACUUUGAAAACAGAACUGCUGCUAACGACAACUCAACACAUUCGUCAUGCGGAGAUUACUCUGAUGAUUUUGAGGAUUAUGAAUCGGACGAUGAUCAGGUCAUUUUAACCUCGGCAAAAGCUGCUAAAAAUAAGGAUCAAAUUGAGGAUUUGGUACAGGAUAAUGAAGGAAGUGAAUGCAAGGCGCGAAUAACAGAGCACUGUAUCAAUGAACUUGGAAGCGACCUGUAUCGAAGAGUUCUUGAAGAGUGUAGUAAAUCGUCGUCUGAUCAAAACUUGAAUGCUACAUUCACAGUUUUGGCAGACGGUAAUAAUCAAGUAAGGGAUACAUUUUAUCUCGUUAAAGAGUUGUUGAUACACGAUGAAUCUAAAAUGUCCAAGUCAUCGUGA